CGGAAUUCACACAUCCAUCUUCCGCAAUCAGUAAUGCUAUAGCUGCUAACAAAUUUAGGCAUUUAAAAAAGAUGAACCGUAGACCUCCAAUGAUAGUCAUAGAACAGGACGGAAUGAGCCACAACCAAAAAGACAUUACACAUACUUUUCAAGUGAACUUCUUCGCUAUGUGUCUUUUAAAUACUUUUCCAUGGGAUUCUUUAGGCAGGGAGCUAAUAACUUCAAAAACACCAGACAUCGUACUGGACAUUCUUGAGAAGACAUGUUUGCAUCCCAUUUGUCUCAGGAAUCCCCCAUCUGUGAAAUACAGGAGACGCUUCCUAACAGAAUUAAUAAAAAGGCAUGAGAUGUUGGAUGCGGAACCCCUAGAUUCACUGUAUGAAGCACUGGGAGAGGUCUUGUGUGCACAGGAGGACGACAUGUGCUUCAAAACCUACUUACUGCCAACAGGAGAUGCUGUGAGCCUUGCUGAAAAUGUGGCUCUCAUCUCUGAGGGCACCACAGGUCUGGUUACAUGGGAGGCUGCCUUGUACCUGGCUGAAUGGGCUCUUGAAAACACCCACAUCUUCAAAAACAAGACAGUGCUAGAGCUGGGUAGCGGGGUCGGACUCACUGGCAUUGUAACGUGUCGGUCAUCCAGCCUGAACAAAUACAUCUUCAGCGACUGCCAUCAAGCUGUGCUCCAGAGGCUGAAGAACAAUAUUGCAAACUGCUUAACUAACGGUGACAGCAAUAGUACAUCAGUGUGCGUAGAGGAACUGGUUUGGGAAAAUGUUCCUGAAGAGCAGCUGCAAAGAAUACAGGCCAACACCAUCAUUGCUGCAGAUGUGGUUUAUGAUCCUGAAAUAAUUGCCGGCUUGGUAAGAUUGCUGACUAGACUUCUGACCUGCAACUUUCAAGAAAGCCACCCUGAUGUUUACAUUGCUUCAACAAUACGAAACUUACAGACAUAUGACUGCUUCAAGAAAGAACUGGAAAAGGCUGGACUGCAACAUGUAGUCAUUAAAGAUUCUGUUUCUCAAGUAUUCCCAUACAACCGAGAGUCCACCAUAGAAAUGAUCAAAAUUCAUGUAUGAUAAAACUGUGAAG